CCGGCGCGGGGCAAGAUGGCGGCGGCGGUGGCGCGGGCGCUGAGGGGCUGCUGCCGGCGGUGGCGGGCGGCGCCGUGGCGGGCGCUGAGCGCGGGGCCGGCGCCGGGCUCGGGGGGCGCGGCGCACGUGGGGCCAGCGGUGGACGCGGGGCCGGCGCCGGGCGCGGGGCUCACGGGGGCGGUGCUGCAAGACAAGCUCCAGCGCCCGCAGACGACAGAGGGAGGAGACGGGAAAGACGCCGGCUCUGAUGAGCAGCAGGAGAAAAAGAGGAAGGAAAACAUAGCCUACGCCAAGAAGGUCGUGCUGCGGCUAGCAGGGCUGAUGGGAGCCGGGAGCGGGCUAGCGAUUAUCUAUGUCUUCGGCAGCAACUCCUUGGAUGAGCAUGGGGCUAAGAUUCCAGAUGAAUUCGAUAACGACCCCGUGGUGCUGCAGCAGGUCCGAAGGACGCAUAAAUACUUCAAAGACUACUGGCAGAUGAUCAUCGAGCCCAUGAGUCCCAAGCUGCUCCCGGACCCCCUCAAGGAGCCAUACUACCAGCCCCCCUACACCCUGGUCAUCGAGCUCAUAGACGUCCUGCUGCGCCCUGAGUGGUCGCUUGGCACCGGCUGGCGCUUCAAAAAGCGGCCUGGCAUCGACAGCCUGCUGCAGCAGUUGGCACCGCUGUACGAAAUCGUUGUCUUCACGUCCGAGACGGGCAUGACGGCGUUCCCCCUCAUCGACAACGUGGACCCCCACGGCUUCAUCUCCUACCGACUCUUCCGGGACGCCACCCACUACGUGGACGGGCACCACGUGAAGGAUAUCUCGUGCCUGAACAGGGACCCGGCUAAGGUGGUGGUGGUGGACUGCAAGAAGGAAGCCUUUCACCUGCAGCCGUUCAAUGGCCUGGCCCUCAAGAAGUGGGACGGGAACUCAGAGGACAGGACCCUCUACGACCUCACUGCCUUCCUCAAGACCAUCGCCCUGAGCAGCGUGGAGGAUGUGCGGACGGUGCUGGAGAACUACUCGCUGGAGGACGACCCCCUGGAAGCCUUCAAGCGCCGGCAGUCGCAGCUGGAGCAGGAAGAGCAGCAGCGUCUGGCCGACCUCUCCAGGACCAAGAAGCAGCAGCUGUUCCUGGGCUCUCUGACCAGCCGCCUCUGGCCCCGCUCCAAGCAGCAGUGACCCCGCUCUGGGGAGGACCCCCGGAGGCACCCCCGAGGCAGGUAGGGGGCCGCGAAGACCUGCCCCCUCCCCUCAUCAGCUCCAGCCACAGCCUCCCAUUGGACUCCAUGUGGACUUGGUGUCUGGGGGGUCUCCCCCACGCCUGGAUCUGCAGUGGCCCAGCAGGGGCAGGACAAAGCGGGGGCUCCUCACCUCCCACCCCCCGUGGGGCACGGACUGCUCUUGGGAAGCACCGGGAGACACCGGACCCUCCACAUGCGCCUGUUCUAUGGGGGGGUGCGGAUCCAUGCUCCCCACGGACAAGGAGCAGUGCAUUGUGGGAAGGCAAAUGCAGAUAUCCCCUUCCACCUCUUUUGACCCCCCCUUUCCCCCCUCUCCCCCCCAUGACCCAUUCCUGGACCUGGUUUCCCUGCCCCCGCCCAGGUCCCUGAUCCCCCGACCAGCCUGGGAUCCAGUGAUGUGGGGGGGGGGCUUGGGCUGCUGCUGCCAGCCUCAGAGCAAGGGGGGUGUGGGGGGGCCCUGCAGCACCCCCCCAUCACUGUAACCCUAAGGGUGAGAAUAAACCCAUCACUGAGGA